GAAAUCCUAUAAAUAGCAGCAAAAAAAGGCUUCAGGAGAACACAAACCAAGCUUUAGUUAGCCAUUUAGCACUAAUUGCAAGCUUAAGUACUUUGCUAAUCUCAAUCAUGUCUUCAACCUGUGGUAACUGCGACUGUGCAGAUAAGAGCCAGUGUGUGAAGAAGGCUAAUCAAUAUGGAGUUGUGAUUGUUGACACUGAGAGCUAUGAAACAGAAGCUAUGGAGUUCUCUGCAGCAGCUGAGCACAAUGGAAAGUGCAAGUGCGGUACCAACUGCGCCUGUAUUGACUGCAACUGUGGCAAUUGAAUGAACUGCUCAGCUUGAAUUCUCAUCCUAUAUGAAGGAAAAUAAAUUAUGUGAUUGUACGUACUGUGUGAUUUGUGUGUUUUCAACUCUCUGUAUCAUGUUUGUCUACGUUUUCACUUAUGUUUGUAAGGUGGAUGGGAAUCAGCCAGCUCUUGGCUUCUUAAUCUAGCUUUGUAAUAAUGCUUACUAUU